CGGGCUCGUUCCUCUCUCCGGAGCGGAUUGUAUGAGCAUGGAUCGCCGUUUAGUUGUUUGUCACUUAUUGUUGCUCUUCGUGGUCGCUUGUCAGCUAUCGCCAACUCCAAGUAACCGUCUUUUAGAAUAUCGCCAAUCUGCCGAGAAAUGGCUGUCGAGUGUGAAUCGAGCACUCGAACAUGGGGCUAACAGACAUGCAAUAUUAUCGUGGCAAAUCCACACGAACAGAACAACAGAAGCUAUCAAGGAAUUCAGUAAGGAAGAGCAAUCUCGAUUUGCAUUAAAUGAGCACUUGUGUCAACUGCGGAAGCGAUGGGUGGUGAGCCUGUUGACCCGGACCCAGCAGAGAAUGAUGUCCAGGUUGUGUCACGGAACAGUCUUAAACGAAGAACAGACCAGGGUAUUGGUAGAAACUUCUGCGCGAUUGCAAGCCAUCUACUCGGAAGCUGUUGUUAACGUGGCUGGACGCAAUUAUACUGGCGAGAGUGAAAUUAAAGAGCUCAUGGCCAAAUCGCAAAACUAUUCCGUGUUGCUGGAUGCCUGGACCGGUUGGCGGGAUGCUGUUGGUCCGCCGUCUAAAGAACUCUUUAGUCGCAUGAUCGAAAUCAACAACUUGGGAGUCCAAGCAGCAGGAUUUAGUGAUACCAGUGAGAUAUGGAAGAACGAAUUGGGAAUAAAAAAUGUGGAAAAUGUCGUCGAUGAUUUAUUUGCUACAAUUCAACCGCUUUACAUCCAACUAUACGCGUUCGUUCGAGGUCGUCUGGCCGCCAUCGAUAAAACCGGUACCGUUCGCCCGGAUCGUCCCCUACCAGCCCACGUUUUAGGAAAUAUGUGGGCGCAAAAUUGGGAGCCGCUGUUACCGCGUCUGAUGCCAAACGCAUCGCUUUUGGGAGGCGAGGAGGCCACACAAGUCCUGCGCAGACGCUACUCUUCGUUCACUCAGCUGGUGGAGGUGGCACAGGAUUUCUUUCUAUCACUUGGUUUUCCACCGCUGCCCAAGAAUUUUUGGACCCGUUCGCAAUUUGUUCGGCCAAAGGAUGGCAGGAAACCAGUUUGUCACGGUUCGGCUACCAAUUUCUACUCCCAGGACGACGUCAGGCUGAUGAUGUGCGGCGAAAUCAACGAAGAUGAUUUCUACACACUUCAUCAUGAAAUGGGCCAUCUUUAUUAUUUUAUGGCUUACAGUCAUCAACCGUUUCUCUUUCGUUCCGGUGCCAGCUCGGCUUUCCAUGAAGCAAUCGGUGACAGCAUUAUCUAUGCAGCAAUGACGACCCAGCAUCGUCGACGACUAGGAUUUCUGAACUCGGAUGACAACGCUAAUCAGAAAGAAUUGGAAAUUGUCAAUCUUCUCCGACAAGCCCUAGUUAAGAUACCAAUUCUACCCUACAGUUUAUCACUGGAGAAAUGGCGAUGGGCGGUCAUGGCAGGCGAAAUCAAACCCGACCAGUACAAUCGAGUUUGGUGGAACAUGAAGCUGAAAUAUCAAGGAAUAGUACCUCCCAUCCCACGUUCGGAAAAAGAUUUUGAUCCUGCCAGCAAAUUUCACAUCGUUAGCAACACACCUUAUAUUAGAUAUUUCCUAAGUAGCAUUCUUCAAGUCCAAAUUUUCCAAGCUCUGUGUGACGCCAGUCAACAAGGGCCUCGCUUCGGAAAACCGCUUAACCAGUGUGACAUUUACGGAUCGGUUGAAGCAGGAAAUCGCCUAAGAGAGAUGCUGUCUUUGGGCAGUAGUCAGCCCUGGAAAGUGGCGCUUGAAGUACUUACCCACGAGCAAAAUCCAACAAUAGAUGCGCGACCGCUGAUGGAUUAUUACCGACCGCUGCACGAAUGGUUGACGUCCGAGAAUCGUCGAUUGAAUUACACAAUCGAUAUUCAUGAAGACUUCAGUGUGCAAAUAAUGUCGAUAAUGUAGCGGCAAACUUUUGAUUCUCUUUGUAAGUGUUAAAAACGGUACAUAAGGCAUAUUGACUCUGUAGC